AUGGUUUCUCUUAGGCUUGCACAACUUGUGGCAAUCGUCGUCUGCAUGUACGCCUGUACGGACACCCUGCAAGCUCAAGCUACCACUGGUGCUUUGAAACUCAACGAAGCAUCUUCGAAGGCUCCUCCGCAGUUAGGAAUAAACGGGGGCAACAGAACCACUGGGGUCAACAACACCGCUUCGAAAACCAAUCAAGCUCCCGUGAUGCCUGGUGCCAACCAACCCGGCCAAAACCCUUCAAAACCAACAAACCCUUCUCCAAAUCAGAAAACACCACAGGCUACUCUGAAACCCAAGGCAGCCACCGGAGCUGUUAGGCCUGGCAAGAAUGCAAGCCAGAGCGAAGAAGACAGAAAGCCAGCUGGAGCCGAAGGUCUCGUUAGACGAGAAGUGUAUUCAUCUCGAAAAAUUCUCUGGAAGCGAUCGGAUUUGCCCAAUACUACAGGGACAGGAAAUAAACCAACUUCUCCCCAGGAAGACAACUCGGAUCAUAUUAAAUCGGGCGACAAGAACCAUUCAAGCAAAGGGAAUGUAGAUAAGAAGCUGGAUGGAUUUAGCGGUGGCCUGAAGAAGCGCAAAAUGAUGUCUAAGAUGGGAGGCGGCGGUGGAGGACUGAAAUCCAAGAUGGGUGGCGGAGGUUCAUCUGGCGGUGGGGGAGGCCUGAAAUCGAUGAUGGGUGGCCUCAAGUCGAUGAUGGGUGGUGAAGGUGGUGGGGGUGGCCUGAAAUCAAUGAUGGAAGGAAUCAGCGGUGCAUUUGGUGGGCUAGGUGACAUGGUAUCGUUGAUGGGUAUGAUGGGUGAGGAAGGUCUAUAA